CCACUAUCCAAAUCUAAGUAGUAGCUUGUGUACAGCUCACACUUUUUAAAAACAUCAACAAAAACAAUAGCAAUAAAUGUCCCAUAUUUACAAAGGUGUCACUUCGUUCCUGGGCAAACUAAGGGGGACGCCCUCGGAGGAGUUUAAUGUGCUUAUUCUUGGCCUAAACAAUGCAGGCAAAAGUACAUUGGCGGCCCGCCUUGGCUUGGAAACCGAGGACGCCUUAAAGCGCAUUUCUCCUACGGUCGACCGAACCGAGCGGCAUUUAAAAUUUAAAAGGAUAAAGGUAUGCUUGCGUGACUUGAGUGGUCAAUGGAGGAUGCGUCAGUCGUGGCAUACAUUUUAUCAGGAAGCCAAUAUUUUGAUCUUUGUUGUCGAUAGCACGGAUGCGUCGCGUUUGAGUGAAGCACGUUGCGAACUCUGUGAUGUGCUGCUGGAUGAGCGGAUGGCACAGGUUCCGCUGCUGCUUUUGGCCAACAAACAGGACGCGGUUGGUGCUUUGCCCAGUUCCAUGAUAUCCGAGUUGUUGGGAUUGAACCGUUUGGAGGAUCGUGUUUGGGAGAUACACGGAUGCUCCUCAUUGGCAGGCGACGGCAUCGAUAGUACCAUAGGUUGGAUCUACGGUAAACUAAAGAAACUCCGUCCACCAAGUCGUUUUAGUAAACUUUUAACUCCAUCUUUACUGUUUGGACCAACAUGUUCAUUGGACUUUCGACGGCGCGAAAUGAACAUUUCAUAAAUUUAUGUAAUUGGCGCACAAAAUAAUCUAUUCUUGUCGAAUUUAACUGAAAAUGGGCCAUGACACACAUCGCAAGAAGCCAGAGAGAAUUACAGUCUAAAUAUAAUAUGAUAUCCAUUCGUUUGUGUUAUACAUUUGCAUUGAAAAGUAAAAAUUAAAGUUUGCGACAUUUUUAAAGAGAAA